AGAGACGGGUCUUUCCUAACAAUGUCCUCAUUUCUUGAGUUUGCAAAACCCAAAAUGCUCGAUAUCAAAAGAAAGAUCAACUUUGCGUCCGGCGAGAAGACGGAUGAGUCUGUGCAACCGCAACAGCAGACGGAGCAGUCAUCGGCUCAACAGACAACACCAUCCGCAAAAGCCGUCUCAAACCCAUUUAUCACCCCAUUGACCGAGAGUACACCUGAAUCGUGGGUGGAACUGGCACCAAGCCGUACCAGUUUGUGCAGUAGCGUCGAUAUUAAUAUGGUGAUCAUUGAUGAAAAAGAUAAGGAUUCGAGGCUGAGCCCAGUCUCAAUCGCACAAUCUCCUCACGUGGAAUUCGAGAGCUUAGAACAAGUAAAGUACAAGUUGGUUAGAGAAAUGCUUCCUCCCGGAAAGAAUACUGAUUGGAUUUGGGAUUGGAGCAGUCGGCCAGAAAAUACACCUCCAAAGACUGUCCGUAUGGUUCAAUAUGGCUCCAACCUUACCACUCCGCCAAACUCUCCCGAGCCAGAGCUCUACCAAUACUUGCCAUGCGAAUCUGAUUCGCUUUUCAACGUUCGCGUAGUCUUUGGUUUCUUAGUCACCAACAUCUUCAGCUUUGUCGUUGGAGCAGCAGUAGGAUUUGCUGUUUGCCGGAAACUAAUCAAACAUCAUCGUCAAUAAUUCCAAACAAAAAUUUUAACGUUCCACUUACCUCAUUUCACUGUACAUACAUUCCAGCAGUGCUGGAGAUUGGGCAUUUUUACCCUUUGAUUCACAAUACUACAUUCUCUGCAAAAUUCUUCCGGAGUCUUCUUGCAUCUUGUCAAAAAGAUUCGAAUAAACAAUAAUUUUGCCAUGUUUCCCUUCUCUCCAAAUUGUCAUCUUUCAAACUGUCUCCUGAAUAUUCCUAAUACUCAAAACAUUCCUACUACAGUUUUGAAUUCAACACAUCUAAUCGCGAUUUGCUCUCACGAUUAGGUAAUUUUAAAUUAAUUAUGUACAUAAUAUAGCUUUAUACACUGAAUGUAAUUACGACUUUUUCUUUGCUGUUACCUGGGCAUUUUGAUUCUGAAACUUGCUUUUCCAUGUUUUUCUGUCAUCACAAAUUGUAAAUAUUUCUAAAAUACUGUUACAAAACCACGCAUUUUAAUAAAAUGUAAAUAUAUUUUUGUUUAGUUAUGAUUAAAUUUAUUAUGCUGGAAU